UUUCUCGAGAAAGCUUGUGUUGCUUGCAGUCCUGAACAAGUGAACCUUGAGCAGAAGCCACAAUCCUUGUUGCAAGCUGCUCCGGCAUGGCUGCAGCAUCGGACCGUGCCGAGGUCGACACGGCCCGCCCGUUCCGGUCUGUCAAGGAGGCCGUCGCCGUGUUCGGGGAUCGCAUCACCGUCGGCGAGAGCCACUCCAGGCACAGUAGCAGUGCUGCCGCCACCGCCACCCCCAAUGCCAAUGCCAGUGCUAGUGCCAAUUCCAUGCCUACCGCAAGUGCCAAGCAUGAAGCUAGCAGCAGCAGCAGCACCAUGACCUUUUCUCCAAACCCAAUGGCAGAAGCUGAAGAGGAGAUCAUGCCCGCCACUGUGCCGAUGUACUCCGCUCCGUCCUCGCCGCCGUCGCUCGCGUCGUCGCCGUCGCCGAUCAAGGCGCGCGGCGACGACCGGGACCAUGAGGUGGGUGGGCUCGUGGUCAUGCGCUCCAUCCGGAAGCUGGAGGCGGAAGUGGCCGAGACGAGGCAUGAGGUGGCGCAGCUCAGGAAGCGCGGGAACGAGAUGGAGAUGGCCGUGGCCAGCCUCAACGCGCAGCUACACCGGGGCCUCUCCAAGCUCGCCGAGAUGGAGGCCGACAGGGCGGCGGCGGCGGCGCGGCGCAGCAUCGGCGGCGACACCGACGUGGCGUCCACGCUCCGGAGCGAGCGGUGGGGCGACAAGCUCGGAGCGGGCGAGUACCUGCCGUCAUUCUCGCACGCGCUGAGCCUUGGCGAGAUCGACGACGCUGAGCUCAUGGGAAGCCGGAGUAGGAAGGCGCAGAAGGUGAAGCCCAUCGUGCCGCUCAUCGGCGACAUCCUCUUCUCCAAGAGGAAGAGCACCAAGGAGAAGGUCGAUGAUGGAUUCUACAGUGGUGAUCUUUACAGCGUGUUAGGCUAGGCUCAUGAUCAGUGUCUUGUGUGUGCUCAGCUUCUUGCUGUUUGCCUGCAAUUUGCUUCUGCUGCUUGGCAUUUUUUUUCCUUCUUCUCUGUUUUCCUGAAGCUCUUGUUUGUGUGGCUUGUGCAGGGGAGCUGGUGUAAAUGUACAAACAUGUUACUGUAUCUUCGGAUCAUGAAUGGAAAAAAGUGUGUGAUUGCGCUA